AUGAGUCAGUGGUCCUUACCAAGAGUCAUCAAACAAUACUAUGAGCCACAGGGUCAGUACCAUGAGGCACGGGGUUUGUACCAUGAGCCACAUGGUCUGUACCAUGAGCUACAGGGUCUGUACCAUGAGCCACAUGGUAUGUACCAUGAGCCACAUGGUCUGUACCAUGAGCUACAGGGUCUGUACCAUGAGCUACAGGGUCUGUACCAUGAGCUACAGGGUCUGUACCAUGAGCCACAUGGUCUGUACCAUGAGCCACAUGGUCUGUACCAUGAGCUACAGGGUCUGUACCAUGAGCCACAUGGUCUGUACCAUGAGCCACAUGGUCUGUACCAUGAGCUACAGGGUCUGUACCAUGAGCUACAGGGUCUGUAUCAUGAGCUACAGGGUCUGUACCAUGAGCCACAUGGUCUGUAA